AUGUCUUCCACUUCGACCAUCCCUAAUCCAUGCUUGGUCGCAAUUCUUCUGGUCUGCCAAACACGAUCGGGGUCUGGUCCACAGCUAGUGCAUCAUUGGCCUCCUGACCCACUAUCACAACUUUCAAGGUCAAGGAAUCCUGCAGAUCAUCUACACGAGACGGACGAAGAUUUGAGUGAUGAUUCGUACAGCUGGUCUUCCGAUGAUGGUGAUCUUGAUCCAUUUGACAGAGACUUCAGCAAAAAUACCUCAAACACGCACCACACUUCAGGCAUACAGAGCGAUGGGACAAGGACUGAACCUAAACAACUGCUCGGCCUAGCUGAAGAUGGUCUAAUCAGCCUGCUGACUCCUGAUAGAAGCUGGAAUAAGAAGAAAUUUGAGCUGAGUAUCAAUGACCUGACCUUUGUCGGUCGCCCUGUGUUUGCAAGACAAAAUGGCUCUUGGCGCAGACAGAAGGAUGUCGACAAGUCACAGCAAAAUCUCAGCCGGCUCGAGACAGAACAAAGCACAGAUAACGAAGCUGAGCAUGACGAAACAGAUGGGAGUGAAGGCACAGACAAAGUGAAAGCAGUGCCCACCCACACGAAAAGCGAGCUCACAAUGUUCCAUAUAGUUUUCGUCAUGGAUCCUCCACCACUUGAACAUUCACACCGCUUAAAGGAAAUGUAUGAUAACGUUGUCAAGAAGUUUUCGAAAGCUUUGAAGUGGGUUCAAGCACAUCAUAACUACGUUUGGAACCAGACAGAAUUGUUACUGAGUAAGAGGCAGGAGCUCUCACGCGACGGUGAGGAGUCAGAUGCGACCUAUGCUUCGGAAUCGUUAGAAUCGUCCUCGCUGGCCAAGGCAAUAACGACGGUCUACACGGCGAUCGCUUCAUCUCGCAUAGCAUCAAUAUCUUUAUUGCCAGGAGUUUCCAUGUCAAUGCAGAUACGACCCAUUACAUCGACACCCUACCUCCCCUCUCUGACUGAUCCGCCCAUCUUGCCUGGUGUGUGGCUAACCACUGCAGUCGAGCCGCCCGUGGGAAGCCAAGCAGGCGACAAGCCUACCUCUCGAGAUAUGGUUGAGCUUGCAAAAAGCUAUACGUUGUUGCUCAAAUCUCCGCCGCACCGGAUCGCGAAAGACGCUCAAGCAGCUGGCGGACCUAUGGCUUCACAUCUGCCAAAAUUCGUGGCUGCUCUAAGACCGACAAAGUCGUUUUUCAAACUCUCCAACGAUUAUCAGAUUUCUCUUGCCCAUGUUCAGCUCCUGGCUCGUCACCUGGUCUACUGGCGCAGGGCUGUUGCAAUUCCACCUCUCAAUCAGAGAGACACCUAUAUCGUCUCUCCCAAUGCUGACUUUCGCAAGAUCCGAGAGGCUUGCAGGAGUUACGAAUCACAAUUUCCUGCAUCGCUACCCAGUCUCCCGAAACUGCUUGGCUUUCUAAGUGGUAUUCCCCGACCUUUCGGCACACUGAUCCCGAGUCCCGACCAUAAAGACAUAUACAUGCUGGUGUUAGCUUGGCUGAUGCGCAAUGGAUGGGUCACUCAGCUGCGAACCUUUGCAUAUGUCAGAGUUGGAAACGAUGUGAAGAAGCAAGCACGCGCUAAGGAGCGUGAUGCAAGAACGUCUGUGUCGGUUUCUCAGAGCUCUGACAUUACCAAUGAGACCGGCAAAGCUGGCGAAGCCUCGAGUUCGCAAAGACCAAGUUUUAUCAGCCGCCAAUCAAGUGACGGACGUCGAUCUCUCAAGGAGCCAAACACCAAGGGAGCUAGUUUGAUUAAGAGCCCGCCUCGCGCCACCCCGGAAGAAUCUCAAUGGUUGACGUAUCUCCACGAUAGCAUCCUCAACGGCAACGGACUAUUUUCAAACCUCAAUGACGAAGAGAGACAGGAGCUGCAUUACUACUGGCCCUCUCUAAGCAAACACUUUGACGGCAUCACUGCACUCGAAACUGUACCAGUCAGGGAAGGCUUGAAGCGCAAAGUCGUUUGGGGUCUGUACAGCAAACUCGGGUUGAAUUUCGACGAUGGUGUUGAGGACCAUGAGGGACUGAACAACAGUAUUAUUGUGACCAUUAGACACUGGUAG